CCCCGCCCGGAAGCUCCCGUCGGUGCUGCCCGGACGGGGCGGGGCGGGCAGCGCAAUGGCGGUUCCCGCGGGGCUGUUCGCCGUGUACAAACCGGCGGGGGUGGCGUGGACCCGCGUCCGGGCCGCGCUGGAGACGCGGCUGCUGAGCGAGCUGAACGCGGGCCCCGGCCGCCCCCUGCCGCAGCGCGUCCGGUUCCUGCCGGCCCCGGGCCGCGACGGCACCACCGAGCUGGUGCCCACCAUGGUGCCGGUGCUGGCCCAGCACCCCCUCGUGCGAGGCCCGCGGUUCAGGAGGCUGAAGAUGGGAGCCGGGCACCGGUUGGACGUGAAGGCGUCGGGAGUGUUCGUUCUUGGCAUAGGCGAAGGGAACAAGCUGCUCACUGACCUGUACAACUGCCACCUGAGCAGGGCUUACACUGUUGGUGGGCUGUUCGGCAAAGCCACUGAUGACUUCUCGGACACAGGGAAGCUGGUGGAGAAGACAACGUUUGAUCAUAUCACAAGGGAGAAGCUGGAACGGAUUCUAGCUGUCAUUCAAGGAGCAAAUCAUAAGGCCCUGCUGAUGUAUUCUAACAUUGAUAUGAAAACACAAGAGGCCUACGAGCUGGCUGUCAAAGGCUUGAUUCGCCCCAUGGGGAAAAGCCCUCCCAUAAUCACAGCAGUCCGAUGCCUCCAGUUUGCACCUCCAGAAUUCCAGCUAGAAAUCCACUGCUUGCACGAGACCCAGCAGUACCUCCGGAAGAUGGUUCAUGAGAUUGGCCUGGAGCUGAAGUCGUCUGCGGUGUGCACACAAGUGCGCAGGACACGCGAUGGUGUCUUCACGCUGGAUGAUGCUCUGCUGAGGAGCCAGUGGAACCUGCAGAAUAUAUGCAAUGCGAUUUGGAGCUGUCAGUUCAAGGUGCAAGCAGAGAUAGAGAGAACGUUGGGCCAUGAGGAUGGCAGUGACCUUCCUCAGCUGGACGUGGGGACGGCCGGCGCUGCAGACAGCUGAGUGCGUGUGAUGCAGGGAACAUCCACAAGCAAUCUCUGGAGCACAGUAACUCAGCUGCACGCUGACAGGGUGAUGGACAGCAGUAGGAAGGAGGUUAAUUGCAGUUCACUUCCACCCUUUUCCUUGAGCUGACUUGAAGCAGGGAGGCAGUUUUCCAGUGACAGGCUGUGUUGUUUUCUUACAGCCUUGCAAACAGUUCAUUAACAGGAGUGAGCUGUGCCAAGAUUCCUGGUGACUUCGGGAACAUGAGGUUGCUAAUGGAUAUCAAACCCCAUCCCCAAAUUGUUUAGCAGCAGGAAAUAGCGCCUUGGAGAGCUGCAGUCACUUGAUUGCACAGAUUUGUUUGUUCCUUGCAGCGAGCAGCAGAACUUACCCACUUUGUUUUCCCUCUGUUAUCCUAAAGCAUUCUCUUUCUAUAAGCCCUGCUUUCAGACAUUGAAGAGUUCAUUGAAGAGGGAUGUGCUGGAGGAAAUGCAGCUUACACAAAGCAAUGCAAGGAAAUGGUUAUAUCCAGAGUAGGCGUGAGUGAUGGGAAAAUGCCUUGUGAUAGGGAUGGAUGUGUGAGAUACACAAGAAAUAAAACUGAAAGUGCCCAAAAUGGGAGGAUAAA